AUGGGGCGCCCAUCGUUGUUCCUGCUGCUCUCCGGGGCCCUGGCCCUGGCCCUGGCCCUGGCCGUGACCCAGACCUGGGCCGGACAAGUGUCCUUCCAACCUCCAGGGCCCCACAGCCUGAGAAUUUUCUCCAGCUCCGUGUCCGGACCCGGCCGCGGAAAGUCCCAGUUCAAAGUCCUCGUCUACGUGGACGACACGGAGAUCGUGCGGUUCGACAGCGACGCCCCGAACCCGAGGCUGGAGCCGCGGGUGCCGUGGAUGGAGCAGCCGUGGGUGGAGCAGGAGGAUCCACAGUUUUGGGACUACUACACGUCGCUCAUCAAAAAGUACGAAAAGAUGUAUGGAGGGAACCUGAACAACCUGCGCGCCCACUACAACCAGAGCGAGGACGGGGCUCACACCUUCCAGGAAAUGAGGGGCUGCGACUUGAGAUGGGACGGGCGCUUCCUCCGUGGAUACACUCAGCUCGCCUACGACGGCACCGACUUCAUCUGCCUGAACGAGGACCUGGACUCCUGGACCCCAACCGACACAGCGGCCCGGAUCACCUGGCGCCAGUUGGUGGAGCUCCCUGCGGCAGAGCAAAGACAGAGAGUCCUAGGGGACAUCUGUGUGCACUGGCUCCGCCUGUUCCUAGAAAACGGAAAGGAGACCUUGCUCCAAACAGACCCUCCAAAGACACACGUGACCCACCACCCUAUCUCUGACCAUGAGGUCACCCUGAGGUGCUGGGCCCUGGGCUUCUACCCUGCGGACAUCACCCUGACCUGGCAGCAUGAAGGGGAGGACCUGACCCAGGACAUGGAGCUUGUGGAGACCAGGCCUGCAGGGGACGGGACCUUCCAGAAGUGGGCAGCUGUGGCUGUGCCCCCGGGAGAGGAGCAGAGAUACACGUGCCUUGUGCAGCACCAGGGGUUGCCUGAGCCCCUGACGCUGAGAUGGGACCCCCCUCCUCAGACCACCAUCAUCAUCAUGGGCAUCGCUGCUGCCCUGGGUCUCCUUGGAGCUGUGGUCACUGGAGCUGUGCUGUGGAGGAAGAAGUGCUCAGGUGAGCAAGGAGUGGGGCUGAGUUUCCUGUCCCCCCUGGGGGUCAAGCCC